CAGAAAGUCAAGUCUGAAUCUGAAUUCUUUUGCAAUGGCAUCCAGCAAACAAGAUAAAGAUUAUUUGGAGGAAUUCAUUUGUCCAGUGUGUCUUGAUUUGUUAAAUGUUCCUGUAAUGCUAGAGUGUGGCCAUAACUUCUGCAAGACUUGUAUUGACCAAGUCUGGGACAACAUAAAACAACAUUCCUGUCCUGAAUGCAGAGCGCUGUGCCCAGACAGAAAGUAUGCAGUGAACCGUUUGCUAGCAAAUGCAAUUCAAAAGGGUCUAACACAGAGGCAAAAAGCAGAGAGACAAGACCCUGGGCAUGAAGUCAGUUACAAGCUCUGUACAGAACAUAAAGAAAGUCUGAAGUUGCUCUGUGAAGAUGAUGAUACUUUGGUUUGUAUACAGUGUGUUCCAAACCAUAGUGGCCAUAACUUCUUCACUAUGCAGGAAGCAGUCAGCAUUUAUAAGAAUGCAUUGGAAUCUGUUACAAAUACUCUAGAAUCAAAAGUAGAAAAUCUUACAAGAUGCCACAGCAUGCAGGAGGAGAAGAUGUCUGUCCUCCAGGCUACAUCCCAGAGUUUGGAACAGCACAUCAAGUCGGAAUUUGCCAAAUUGUACCAGUUUCUCCAGGAUAAGGAGCAUCAGCUAAUCCAACAGCUUGAGGAUGAAACCAGAGAAAUACUACAAAAAAUGGAGGAAAACUUGAAGAAAAUUAAAGAGACAACGGAAGAUAUUCAAAGGCAGAUAUCAGAUAUUGAGUCAAAACUACAGCAGGAAGAUUCUCAGCUUUUUUUCACAGGAAUGAAGAGUGAAACAGACAGAAUCAUAGCAAAACAAGAAGAGGAAACAUGUGCUCUAUUAGUUACUGAUGACUUGAGUCUAGGGGUGUACAAGGGCCCCCUGCACUAUAGGGUUUGGAAGGAAAUGGUGUCCAUCCUCAGACCUGGUAAGAUACAUCUGUAA